AUGCAAAGUUAUUUUCUUUUAGAAUGCCCAGAAGAGCCAAUUGGCUCUAUAGAUGUCAUAAAUAGUCACUGCAGGCAAGAUAUUCUGGGCCAUAGUGAAGGGUGCUUGUUGGCAUUGACUUGUUGGAACAAGAGUGUGAGGCUUUACGAUCCUCAGAUACCUUAUGAGAUGAACUUAAACGAUAACUUUAAAUAUAACUCUGCCAAUGAAACUUUGGAACGGCCUGAUGUAUUGCAAAGUACCUCAGCCACAGCGCAGAGUCCAAAAUACAUUUCCACUGGCAAGUGCAUACAAAGUAUUCAGUGCGAGUAUAUUUACCUUGCAUGUAAAUUUAAGGACGACUCAACCAUAUUUCUUGGAGGUUUUAACGAAGCUGUGGAUUUCAUUGACCUACAAGACUCUCUUUAUAGCCCAAGAAAGUUAGUUGGGCAUUUGGCUCCUGUAAGGUGUCUAUCUUUGCUGGAAAAGAAUUCAAUACUAGCCAGUGGAGACUGGGAUGGAGAGGUCAAACUGACCAGCAUUAAUGGAGGUAAUUUUGGGUCUCAAGUUUCAAGAAUAUCAGUUCCAGGUAAAGUUUUCUGUAUGGAUUAUUCAUAUAAUGAAGAAUGGCUUUUGGUUGGAGACUCUUUAAAAAACAUGAACUUAAUCAACUUGCGAAAGCUUUCAUCUGGCAUAGAAGCCACACCACCAACUGAAAUUAUCCCUAACUUUAUGAAGUACCAAAUGCGUAGUAUCUGUGCAAACAGACACAAAGAUGUGUUUGCCACAAGUUCUAUAGAAGGAAGGGUACAGAUUACAAGUGUAGAUAAAGCCUUAAAGGGUGAAAUUAACAAUAAAGAGUGCCCUAAAGAUAAUUAUGCAUUCAAGUGUCACAGAACUAAGGACAACUCCAUGAUGACUGAAACUAUCUAUCCUGUCAACAGUGUUUGCUUUCAUCCUCAAUUUGAAAAUGUCCUGGCUACAGGUGGAAGUGAUACAAGUGUUUUUCUAUGGGACAUAAGUGCAAAAAAACGACUCUGGAGGAAUUCAAACUUCCAACUAGUUGACUCAGAGAAAAAUCUCAUUCGAACAUGUAACGAAGGUGUAUCAUCCUUAAAAUUCCAUCCAACUCUUCCUUACUUAAUUUCUUCAUGUUGCGACACUUUUGACCAGUCCUGCAGAUUUAGCUCCGAAACCAGAGACCAGGUCAAAGGUGGGCCCAACUCUACUCCAGCUCAGAGGUCUUCCAUAAUCUUCCAUUCUGUUCAUGGAGUCAAACCCUUGGAAUAG